UAUGGAAAAACAUCUCCGAUUUGUCAACAUUUUCAGUUGUCAUGUUAUUCGCUGACAAACCAACCUGGUGAUUUCCAUCCCUCUCUACCGGCGCCAAAAUAACCGUUGUUUACAAAAAACAACAAACCGUUCCGUUACCUUCCCGUAGAACGAUGUGCACAUCCUCCUUCCGGCUUUACUUCCCACCGCAAUGAAGUUCCGUGCCGUCAUGAACGAUGGCAUCAACAUCAAGGAGUUCCUCAACGUCAUCAGCACCUUCUCGCGGAUGCAGAAAAAUCUCAUCAUCAACGUGCAGCCGAGCAAGCUGCUCCUGCAGAUCGAAUCCGAAGCGUACGAUGGCCAGUACCUGUGGUGCGAGAUCGACGCGACGCUGCGGGACGGGUUCUUCUCCGAGUACCUGAUGGACGGUAUCGACACCGAGCACAACCAAAUCUACAUGACCUGCCUGGCGGCGAGCUUCCUGCGCGCUCUCUCCUACGUGCGCAACAACGCAGUGGAGUACAUCAAGCUGAAGCUGAUCAAAACGCACAUGCCCUGCCUGGCGGUGGAAAUGUCGACCACCAUCACGAACGACCAGGACGUGCUGACGCCCAAGAUACAGCACGCCAUACCGGUUACGGUGGUGCCGCGCAGCGAAUGGAACCAGUACGCGAUACCGCUCGAGGUUGAGUACGACCUGUCGAUCGCGAUGCCAGCGGGCAAAUCGUUGCGCGGGCUGCUGGACAAGAAGAAAAACCUCGCGCCAACGGUGACGCUGUACGCCACGACGAACGAUGAGCUGUCGCUCGUGGUCGAAACGGAGGUGGUAACGGUGGCCAGCCACUACCGCAAUCUCAAGUGUGUGCCGGCGCACAAGCCGGGACCGGACGCGGACUCGAACCCAACGAACCUGUCCGAAGCGUGCUGCCGGGUGGAUACGAAGAAGCUGGCGACCCUGUUCGAGACGAUCAACUUUUACGACGUCAUCAUGACGGCAAACAUACGGCACGAGCAGGCCCUGAACAUACGGUUCGACAUGCGGCAGCACGCGUUCGUGAACUACAUACUGCCGGCGACCAAUUUCGAAUGAUGUCAUCGCACUGUUGGGCAAUAAAUUUGCACUUUUACUUA